GGGGGCAGGAUUCGAAGAAGAACUAAGGGCGCCCCACGUUUCCUCCAGCCUGAUGAUAACAUCAACGCCUGUCAGGUGGUUGGUGCUAGAGAGUGUGCGCGCGCGCGGGAGCGAGCGUAGGGAGCGCGCUCGCACAAACUUUGUGCCUGCGGGUGCGCCUGGGUCGGCUCGCCGGGCUCCGAGAGUGGCCGGCUCCGGGCUGCGAGGGCCGGCGGCGGCCGAGGGAUGCGCGGCGCCCGGCCGAGCCGAUCCCACCGCUCCAGGUGAGACGGCUCCAGGGUCGCAGAGAGCCGCGGCCAUGGGAACCCUGGGCAAGGCGAGAGAGGCUCCGCGGAAACCUUGCCAUGGCUCCAGAGCUGGCCCCAAAGCAAGACUAGAGGCCAAAUCAACCAACAGCCCUCUUCCUGCCCAGCCCAGCUUGGCCCAGAUCACCCAGUUCCGAAUGAUGGUGUCCCUGGGACAUUUGGCCAAAGGAGCCAGCCUGGAUGAUCUUAUUGACAGCUGCAUUCAAUCUUUUGAUGCGGAUGGAAACCUGUAUCGAAAUAACCAACUGUUACAGGUCAUGCUAACCAUGCACCGACUCAUCAUCUCCUCAGCCGAGCUGCUACAAAAAGUCAUGAAUCUAUAUAAGGAUGCCCUGGAAAAGAAUUCUCCAGGAGUUUGCCUGAAGAUCUGCUAUUUUGUCAGGUAUUGGAUAACAGAAUUCUGGAUCAUGUUCAAGAUGGAUGCCAGCUUGACCAGCACCAUGGAAGAGUUCCAAGACCUGGUGAAAGCCAAUGGUGAGGAGACCCACUGUCACCUCAUCGACACGACGCAAAUUAAUUCUCGAGACUGGUCCAGAAAACUGACUCAGAGGAUAAAAUCAAAUACCAGCAAGAAGCGCAAAGUGUCCCUGCUGUUUGACCAUCUGGAACCUGAAGAACUGUCUGAACACCUCACCUACCUUGAGUUCAAGUCCUUCCGAAGGAUAUCUUUCUCUGAUUAUCAAAAUUACCUUGUAAAUAGCUGCGUAAAAGAGAACCCCACCAUGGAGAGGUCCAUUGCCCUGUGCAAUGGCAUCUCCCAGUGGGUACAACUGAUGGUUCUCAGCCGUCCCACCCCGCAGCUCCGGGCAGAGGUCUUCAUCAAGUUCAUCCAUGUGGCUCAGAAGCUCCACCAGCUACAGAACUUCAACACACUGAUGGCUGUGAUCGGGGGACUGUGUCACAGCUCCAUCUCCAGGCUCAAGGAGACAAGUUCACAUGUCCCACAUGAGAUCAAUAAGGUUCUGGGUGAGAUGACUGAACUGCUGUCCUCCUGCAGAAACUAUGACAACUACAGGCGAGCCUAUGGGGAGUGCACACACUUCAAAAUCCCCAUACUGGGCGUGCACCUCAAGGAUCUCAUAUCCCUAUAUGAAGCCAUGCCCGACUAUCUGGAAGAUGGGAAGGUGAAUGUCCAAAAGCUCCUGGCCCUUUACAAUCAUAUCAAUGAAUUGGUCCAGCUGCAGGAGGUGGCCCCACCAUUGGAUGCCAACAAGGACUUGGUGCAUCUGCUGACGCUAUCCCUGGAUCUAUACUACACAGAAGAUGAAAUCUAUGAGCUUUCCUAUGCCCGUGAGCCAAGGAACCACAGAGCUCCGCCACUGACACCUUCGAAGCCACCGGUUGUAGUGGACUGGGCCUCUGGAGUGUCUCCCAAACCUGACCCGAAGACCAUCAGCAAACACGUCCAAAGGAUGGUGGAUUCUGUCUUUAAGAACUAUGAUCUCGACCAGGAUGGAUAUAUCUCUCAGGAGGAGUUUGAGAAGAUCGCUGCAAGCUUUCCAUUUUCCUUCUGUGUGAUGGACAAAGAUAGGGAAGGGCUCAUCAGCAGAGAUGAGAUCACGGCCUACUUCAUGAGAGCCAGCUCCAUCUAUUCCAAGCUGGGCCUGGGCUUCCCACACAACUUUCAAGAGACCACUUACCUGAAGCCCACCUUCUGCGACAACUGUGCUGGCUUUCUCUGGGGCGUGAUCAAGCAAGGCUAUCGAUGUAAAGACUGCGGGAUGAACUGCCACAAACAGUGCAAAGACCUGGUGGUGUUCGAGUGCAAGAAACGAACCAAGAGCCCAGCAAUAUCCACAGAGAACAUCAGCUCUGUGGUACCCAUGUCUACCCUUUGUCCACUGGGAACCAAAGAUCUGCUCCAUGCACCCGAAGAAGGAUCUUUUAUUUUCCAAAACGGAGAGGUCGUGGACCACAGUGAGGAGAGCAAGGAUCGGACCAUCAUGCUCCUUGGGGUGUCCUCCCAGAAAAUUUCAGUUCGGCUGAAGAGGACUGUUGCCCACAAGAGCACCCAGACAGAAUUGUUCCCGUGGGCUGGUGGCGAGACACCCCCUGGUCACUUUGUGCUGUCUUCUCCAAGGAAGUCAGCACAGGGCGCGCUUUAUGUGCACAGUCCAGCAUCUCCAUGCCCCAGCCCAGCACUGGUCCGAAAGCGGGCAUUCGUCAAGUGGGAGAACAAAGAGUCCCUUAUAAAACCAAAGCCAGAGCUUCACCUCAGACUCCGGACCUACCAAGAACUGGAACAGGAAAUAAAUACCCUGAAAGCAGAUAACGAUGCUCUGAAGAUCCAACUGAAGUACGCACAGAAGAAAAUAGAAUCCUUGCAGCUUGGGAAAAGCAAUCAUGUCUUAGCCCAGAUGGACCAUGGUGACUGUGCUUAAUCCAGAAUUUCAAGGAACAGAAUCUGCAGAAGGGUAUACUGGGAUCUCACUUCAAAACCGAUUGCAGACAUUCAGCACCUUUAGAUUGACUGGCUUUAAAAGGGUACAGCUGGCCACUGUUGUUGACAUCCUUGGUUUUAACCUAAACGGUCUUUAAUGUGAGUCAUUGGUUUUCAGUCAGUUGACUCAAAGGGAAGAAAAGCUCAAGUAUGUAAAGCCUUGAGCAUUCCUAUUCUAACCUUUCUUUACUGAAACCAAUACCAAACGUGGGCUAAAAUAAGUCUAUAGUUUCCUGAGGGUGUCCCAGGCAGCCUGCUUUAUUGAUUCAUACUUAGAUAAAGAGUCCCUGGUGAAUCAAUGUGCUGCCUUCCGCAAAUUGAGUUAUUGUUCUACCCAAACCCUGCUCAUAAUGGAAACAAUACCCUAAAAGUGGUGAUUUUGACAUGCCUGCAUUGUUUGUGAAACUGAUCCCUACUGUGUUCACUACCUCAGACCUCAUCAAGAGCCUCUUUCCCCACUGCCCUUCAUUCGCCCCCUCCUUCCUCCCUUGCUUAUAGGCACAUCAGCACAUCUACCUAGAAGUGAACUCCUAGCGAUGUAGCGAUGGUUUUAAAUCCAGAGCUUCUUAAUUGAACUUGACAUUGUCUAAUUGCAGGCCAACUUAUAGCUCUAGGUCUUAGUCAUUAUAAAAUACAAAAUAAAACUCACUCACUACCCGCAAACAGCAAUUACCAUGUCAUACACACAGCUAAAUAGCUAAGUCAAACCACAAUAACAUGUUUAUCCAGAUAGUCUUUCUAUAGUGGGUAGAAUUAAGAAUUUGUGACUUUUUAAAAGAAAUGGUCUGUGAACAGUGUUUAAUUCUUCAUGUUCUAGUCUCUCUCUCACACACUCUCUCUCAAGUAAUCUAUCAUAAGGUUCUCUUUUGAACUGAAUUUGUGCUUAAGUUGUCUUCACUUUUAUUAUCUACAAAUAAGCUAAUUGGUAUGACGGCUUUCACAGCUGGCAGCAGUUACAUGUGUGUGGAAUGUAUGUAUAUAUAGUAUCAGACAUGCAUGUAGCUUGGACUUUCUCCCUUAGAAAAUGCAGACGUGAAUCAAACACCUUUUAAUCACACAAAUUUGCAAGUAUAGUUCUGCUCAUUAUAAGGCAAACUGCUAACAAUGUAAAUUGUUCUGCUUAGCAAAACCGUGAGUAACAGUGUCCAAGUAUUCUUUCGUGGAGGUUAAAAUCAGUGGGUUUGUCUUGUUGCCUGUGAAGCAAUUCACAAACUCUUGUCAGCUUCCUUUUAGCUUUCAAAAACAUCUCAUCUGAUUCUGUCCCUUUGGGGAGACUUUGUUUCCACACUAGGAAGGUCUGGCACCACACUAACUUGUAAUUUAAUAUGCAGGACAAGCAAUUUGAGAGUAUCAUCUAACUAAAUAAGUUCCAGACCUAGCUGGGCAAUGGGAGCACACGCCUUUAAUCCCAGCACUCAGUGGGUAGAGGCAGGCAGAUCUCUGUGAGUUUGAGGCCAGCCUGGUCUACAGAAUGAGUUCCAGAACAGCGAGGGAUACACUGAGAAACCCUGUCUGGAAAAAUCAAAGGGAAAAGUGUUUAAAAGUUUCAACCCUACAACCAAGAGCACCAAGUCUACAGAGGAAUAUGAACAGCACACGGUGCUGCCCCCUAAAGGACUCAAAUCAUUUAAGAUAUUCCUUUGAUGAAAGACCACUGCCUGUUUGCACACCUCUUUGGAGCAUUUCAGUGACAAAGAGCUGGCUGGUGGUGAAUGUCUCUCUAAACGUUAAUGAACUGCUUUACAUACAAAUUUAUCCUUCUACAUCCAAACUCAGAAAUUCGCAAAGCAUACCACCUGGUACAUGCACAGGUGUAUAUUAUAUGGAAAAUUUUAUGGAGUGAUAUGACUAAUGAAAGACCCCAAAAUUUGUAUUUUCACUAUGUUUUCCUGUUAUGCACUAGUACAAGUGUAGAGCUUAAUUUUUUAGACAAUGUCUUUUUCUUAUUUCUCUUCCCCAAUAGAUCUCCCAGUGAGAUUUUGUGUAAAUAAUCUGUAAUAUAGGAAUUCAGAGGGCCUCAGUCAUUUGUCACAGCUAGAUGACCUUACAGACAGAAGAAUGGACAGGAAAGACAGUGGGAGACAGUAGUUUUCCUCACAAAUUCUUACAUUCCAGCCAAGACAAAGGAUGUGUGGAGUCGGAGUUGGUACUGUUCCUACAGAAUAGUAGGAGCAGGUGGGAUCUCCUGAUACAAUCUGGAGCAAAGUUUGGCUUAUCACACCAGGUUUUGUUUACCAGGCUGACUUGAAAUGUCUGGGCAGAUGGGUGUCUGCCAAAGCAAGGACUGAUCCUGUCUGUGAACAACAAUGCCUCUGCUCUUCUUCCCUGUGGAGUAACUCACCCCUUUAUUGACCACUUGUGAAACUGUCUAAAGAUGUAUACUGUAAAAGCUUCGAAAGAACUGUACAAACUGUAAGAUAUUUUAUACCUAUUUUAUGUUUUCUGUGUCUCAUAUUUAUAUCAUAAAAGACAUUGGAUCCCUAUAACUUCAA